ACCGGGAAGAGGUGCGUGCAGCAUGCGUUCCGCGCGCGCGUUUACCGGAUUCACCGGCGCGGUUCGCGGAUUCGUCACCGGAUUAUUUCAGCUCAGGAUUUGGUGAACGGCACGAGCCCGGACGACGGGGGAAUAAUGGUGAGGAGAUGUCUGCUGAGCAUCAAACCGUUCAGGAUCUUCGUGGUGGGGAUCGGCUUCUUCAGCCUGUGCUUUUUAAUGACCUCUCUGGGAGGCCAGUUCUCGGCCAAACGUCUCACCGACUCUCCGUUCACCGCCCGCACCGAAGUGUUUGGAGGCGUGGAGUCCCGAGGUGUCCUGAGGAAAAUCAGCGACAUGUUGGAGGUCAUCAUGAAGCGGAUGGACACUCUGUCGAGACUGGAGAACGCUAAUGACUCGCGACGUCUGGAGGAGCUCAGCUCGGCCAUCAGCAGGAUUCAGCCAGCAGGACUGGUGGAGAGAAUUCAGGCCAUCGCCCAAAACGUGUCAAACAUGGCGGUGCGAGUGGAGCAGAUUCUUCAGAACAGCAUGGCAGCGUCAAGAGUCGUGAGAGAUGGAACGUCGAGUCAGUGUGAAGUUCCCCGAGACCCGCGCUACCCUGACUGCGCUAGUAAAGUGGAUUGGAUGAGGGCACGGUGGACGUCAGAUCCGUGCUACGCCUUUUACGGAGUCGAUGGCUCGGAUUGCUCCUUCCUCAUUUACCUGAGUGAGGUGGAGUGGUUCUGCCCCCCGCUGGCCUGGAGGAACUACAGCACAACACCUGCAGUGCUGAAAAGCUCAGCUAAAAGACAAGCGGCUUUCCGUACGGAUCUCGGCGCUCUGUUGGAUCAGGUCGGAACAGGGAAAGAGUCUCUGAGUUUUAUGAAGAGACGGAUCCGCAGGUUGGCAGCGCAGUGGGCUACAGCCGCCCAGAGACUCGACCUGAAGCUGCGCAGACGAUGGAGGGAGCAGAAGAAGAUUCUGGUGCACGUGGGUUUCCUGACGGAGGAAUCGGGCGACGUUUUCAGUCCUAAGGUUCUGAAAGGCGGACCUUUGGGAGAGAUGGUGCAGUGGGCCGACAUUCUCACGGCUCUCUACGUCCUCGGACACAACCUGAAGAUCUCCGUCUCGGUCAAGGAGCUCCAGGGGUUCCUUGGUGUGCCACCUGGGAGAGGAAGUUGCCCACUUACUGGACCUUUGCCCUUUGACCUCAUCUACACCGACUACCACGGCUUACAGCAGAUGAAACAGCACAUGGGGCUGUCCUUAAAGAAACACAAGUGCCAUAUUCGAGUCAUAGACACGUUUGGGACAGAGCCAGCCUAUAACCACGAGGAAUAUGCAACUUUACACGGCUACAGGACGAACUGGGGAUACUGGAACCUCAACACCAGGCAAUACAUGACCAUGUUCCCCCACACCCCAGAUAACUCCUUCAUGGGCUUCGUAUCCGAGGAGCUGAAUGAGACCGAGAAACACAACAUCCAGCAGAACAAAGUGAAGAACAUGGCAGUCGUGUACGGCAAGGAGGCCAGCAUGUGGAAGCUAAGACAAGGUAAAGAGAAGUUCCUGGAGAUUCUACAUCGCUAUAUGGAAGUACAUGGGACGGUGUACUAUGAGACACAGCGCCCCCCUGAGGUCCCUGCCUUUGUUAAGAAUCAUGGACUGCUGCCUCAACAGGACCUGCAACAGCUUCUACGCAAGGCCAAGCUCUUCAUUGGCUUUGGUUUUCCCUAUGAAGGACCCGCCCCUUUAGAAGCAAUAGCCAAUGGAUGCAUUUUUCUGCAGCCCAAGUUUCGUCCUCCGCACAGCUCACUCAAUCAUGAGUUCUUCAGAGGGAAGCCAACGUCCAGAGAGGUCUCCUCUCAGCACCCGUACGCUGAGCAGUACAUCGGCCGACCUCACGUCAUGACCGUGGACUACAACAACUCAGAGGAGUUUGAAACUGCUGUGCGUGAGAUUAUGAGGAUGAAGGUGGAUCCUUAUCUGCCAUAUGAGUAUACGUGUGAGGGAAUGCUUGAGAGAGUGCAUGCUUACAUUCAGCAUCAGGACUUUUGUGCUCUGGAGGCUCCGUUCCCCCCCGCUAACAUGUCGGUGGUUUGGCCCGGAGGCGUGUUCAUGCGGAUGGGCGACUCGGGGCUGGUCUCGUGGGCGGUGAACUCCACAGCGCCGCCCUGCUGGCCUCCGCUCAGCGCUCUCAGACUCGCCGUGUCGGCCGAGGGCCAGUCGUGUGUGGACGCCUGCAGGAGCUCGAACCUGGUGUGUGAACCGGCCUUCUUCCGCUUCGUCAAUAACAAGGAGGCGCUGAGCAAGCUGCAGGUGCAGUGCGAAGUGGUGGAAUUUGAGAUGAAUCACAUUUUUCCGGCGUUUUCCACGACAGCGUAUGAGUGCGGCCUGCAGAAAGAGCCUCUGCUGUUCAGCUGCGCUGGGUUCGGCGCGAAGUACAGACGUGUGUGUCCAUGCAGAGACUUCCGUAAAGGACAAGUGGCGCUGUGUCACGACUGCUUAUGACGGAUUUCUCCUCAUCUCCUGGCUUGUCUGCUGCUCCUGAAAUCGUGGCUGAUGUUUUGCAGAAAUGAACUCUUUGGAAAUCUGGGAAGGAGAGCAGAAAUUCCCGGUCAGACAUCAGUCCCUGGUAAAAAUGUUUCACGGAAUAUAAUAAAAGUAAUUCUGAUUCCCCUCCAAACAGGAAAUAAAAACCAACGAUAGAUCUUGCAUCAUGUGUUUAUUUCCUGAGGUUAAACAGGAGGAUCAGGCAACCCUGAUAGAGAUGACGUGUCUAUCGUAUCAAUGGUCAAAUAAACUCUAUAGCACAGAACGAACGAACAUGAACUUCCAUCUGCAUAAAACGGACACGUGUGAAAGAUUAUUUUUUAAUCAAGCUAAAAUAUUUGAAUGUAGACUGUGAAUUUUUAUGAUUACAAGUUUGUGAUGUAACUUAUAUAACUAAUAAAAGAAAGACACACA